AUGGUUAUUGCGGGCCGCGCUGUAAUUACCAUCGGCGCUCUUCAAGCGGCGCGUGGACAUCGGCCGCGGCCGUUCCGUCGCAUUCCCUUUCGCCCGUUGGGCGGGCGGUUUUAUACAUACCGCGCUCGUCCGCCGUUAAAGCGGCCGGAUUGCGGGCCCGUUAAUUGCUCCACGCUGGCGCUUGAGCACCUGUGCGAGAUUUUAUUGGCGCCGCGUUCGCACUCGCUCCGCGCGGGCGCUGGAGUGCGAGCUUUAUUGCUGUCGGUGCUCGCUGCACGCGAU